GAUGGUUGAUCCCAGAGAUCGAGGUUUUGCAACAAGUGUCUUCGGAUUCUGCUUCACACUCAUGGCCAUUCCUUCACCCAAUCUGUUCGGAAAAAUAAUUGACAGUACCUGUGUGAUCUGGAAUGGAAAUACUUGCAGUCUCUACGACAGGGACAAGAUUAG